CUUGCUCUCUCUCUACUGCCACCACUCUCGCCAUGAACACACCACCACCGAAGAAGGAAGAGCUCUUCGCAUUUCCGCGCCAGUGAAAUGAUAGGAUGGGCUUCUUCCGACGACUCUUCGGCGGCUCCAGGGACAGGCAACACCACCGCCGGCGCUGGAGCUUCAUCAGAUCGCUCAACGAGAAGAGCCGCCUAGCCCUCCCCAGCGGCGCCGCCCACCACCACCACCGCUACUCCCUCGGCCCCGGCGACUUGGACGCCAGCAAGCACGCCAUCGCGGUCGCCGCCGCCACCGCCGCCGUCGCCGAGGCCGCCGUCGCCGCCGCCCAGGCCGCCGCGGAGGUCGUCCGGCUCACCAGCGGUGGGGGUGCCGUCGGCGGGGCCGUGAAAUGUGCUGCUCCGGCGCAGUCCGGCGGCAACCGCCCGCGCGUGGAGGAUUCGGCCGCGCUGCUGAUUCAAUCCGCAUUUCGAGGCUAUCUGGCAAGGAGAGCACUUAGAGCACUGAAAGCUCUGGUGAAACUCCAAGCGCUGGUGAGAGGCCAUUUUGUGAGAAAGCAAAUGGCAGACAUGCUCAGGCGCAUGCAGACAUUGGUCCGCUUGCAAGUACGGGCUCGUACAAGUCGCUCUUAUACAACAGUUUCUCCACAUUCCAGCAGCAAGUCCUCUUUAUCUCAUCACCCAAGAUGUGGCUCAAUUUCAAACAUUAGGGGAAAUAUUGACAUGGAAGGGGCAAAAUUUGGAUCAAAUUGGCUGGACCGUUGGAUGGAAGAAGGCGUAAGGGACGACCAUGGAGAUGCUCCACCGAGACAUCGGCAUGAUGACGAGAGGAGCUCGAAGAUUCUUGAAGUAGACACUUGGAAGCCUCGCUUGAACUCUCAAAGAAACCAGGAAACUUACCAAUCCCUGCAUCAAGCUAUAGAAUCCAACUACAUAAAUCAGAAUGUGAUGGUAUCCGACUCUCCAUCAAAAUACUCAUCAAGAGCACCUAACCCCGUGCCAAGUUUAUCCUCAGAGGAGCUUCUUUCAUUGAGGUCUCUGCGUUAUCCCGGAGGUAAAGGUGAAAUGCUCAAAUCUGCUGACAACAGCCCACAAGUAAAAUCUAUUUCAUCUCGGCCCGGAAGUAGCAGUGCGAGGAGAGGUCGCUUCACACCAACGAGAAGUGAAUGUUCAUGGGGCUUCUUUAACGGGUACUCGGGUCACCCGAAUUAUAUGGCUAACACGGAAUCGUCUCGGGCCAAGGUUAGGUCACAGAGUGCCCCCAGGCAGAGGCUUGAGUUUGACAAGUAUGGUUCGACAAAGAGAUCUCUCCAGGCAUCUUGGGAUGUUGGGGCUACUUCGGAAAGGAAUUACCCGCUAUAUGCCGAUUUAAGGAGCAGAGCUUAUCCAGUCUCCAACCGGUUUGACAGACUAGGAAGUACCAAUUUGAGGUGACACAGCUUUGGUUUUUCUCUUCCUUUCCUUCGGUCCGGGCUUGUGUGGUAAGACUUCUUGAUGCGUGGUAGUGAUUCUUCAUCAAAUUCACGGAAAGUUCAUCCAUGAGUGCAAACCCUUUUGAUAUUUUUCCUGUUUUUUUGCUAGCGGCGUGCUUUUCCCCCGUGUUUUCUUUUUGUUAGAGUGACCCUGUAUUUGUUCCACUUGUCAAUGAACACAAUAAAGCUGUGUACCUGUGACACUGUAAAGUGUUGAUUUACUU